AUGAACCUCAAAGCAAGAAUUAAUGUCAACCGUUCGAUCAUCGGUCAACAUGGUUCGAUCCUACAGCUACUCCUCUUUCUCCUACUCUUCUCCGGCCACGCCGCGGCUCAAGCCUCUCACGGUGAUUCAGAUAUGUAUGGAGAAAGCUCCCGGUUCGACCCAACCAUGGCGAUACUCAUGAUCGUCCUCGUGAGCCUUUUCUUCGGUCUAGGGUUUUUCUCCGUCUAUAUCCGUAGGUGUCUCGAGCAAGUCAUGGGGAUGAACAACGCACACUCCGCCAACGUCGGCGGCGGCGGAAACUGGCUUUCCGUGAGCCGUCCGCAAGUGCGUGGACUCGACGCGUCCGUCAUCGAGACUUUUCCGACUUUCCGAUACUCCGCUGUGAAGACGCUCAGGAUCGGUAAAGAAGCUCUCGAGUGUCCUGUUUGCUUAAACGAGUUCGAGGAGGAAGAAACGCUGCGUUUGAUUCCUAAAUGCUGCCACGUGUUCCAUCCUGGCUGUAUUGACGCUUGGCUCCGCUCUCACGCCACUUGUCCUCUCUGCCGCGCCAAUCUCGUCCCCAUACCGGGCGAAACCGUUGUUUCAAUCCAGAUACCCGGUUUAGUCGACGAUCCUCCCAGUUCUGAUCGGUCCGGUGAUCGGAUUCGGGUUUUGGGCUCUCCCGACGCACGAUUGAUUGACUCGGUAGCGUUGACCGGUAACCAGAGUAUGCCACGUAGGUCUAUGUCUACCGGGUGGAAUUUAGCUGGAAUGUUCACUAAUUCUGAUUUAACCGGUCAACAUGCGGAGAAUCUCGACCGGUUCACGCUUAGGUUACCGCAAGACCUUCACAAUAAGCUCGUGAACCCAACACUUUCAAAAGGCCACGUGGCGUUUCCUCAAGUGAUGAGUUCAGCGAGAGGGUACAGAACCGGAAGCCUAGAGACUGAUACAAACUACUUCUACUAUGAGCGGUUUGAUCAAGAUGGCCGGUUAGACCGUAGACCAUUUUCUAUAACUCCUCCGUACCGGACUAGUUCGAUCGUUACGUCUCCAAGUGAUGAGGUGCGUGCUGGUACACCUAAAGGUUUGCUUCUAGCGAUGCGAUCACCGUUUGAUCGGUUGUUUCUUGGUAAGAAAGACGUCGGUGAACGUUCGACGGAUCACCUACGGUCUGGUGAUGCUAGUCCUGUGUAG